AUGAGUGUCCGAUCAAAAGCACUGAAAAGGAAGGCUGCUGAAGAAGGCGCCUUGAAAGCUAAACGGGCAAAGGGAGAGACCGACCUUUGUGAUAAUCUGAAAUGGUCUCAAGAAGGCGAAGUGAUGAGAGGGGUGUGUCCUCUGAUGAAGUUGACAUCAGACACACUUCCGGGUUCAAAGAAAAUAAUCGGAUUUGAUAUAGACUUUACGGUUAUCAAAACUGCUAGUGGCAGGACUUUUGCUACAGGUGCCAGCGACUGGGAAUGGUGGGAUGAUUGUGUUCCUCAGAAGAUACGAGAUUGUCACAAUGAUGGCUACCGGAUUGUUUUCUUUACCAACCAGGCAGGCAUCGAAAAACUCAAAGUGACACCACAGGAAUUCAUGAAGAAAGCGGAGGCCAUUGUUGGGGAAAUUGGAAUCCCAGUCUUGGUGUUUGCUUGUACUGGUACCAAUCAUUUCAGGAAACCAAGCACAAUGAUGUGGGAACAUUUUGUGCAGAAGUGUAAUGGUGGUGUUAAGCCAGACCUUUCUCAGUGUCGCUAUGUUGGAGACGCAGCUGGACGAGCUGCUGAAUGGGCACCUGGAAAGAAGAAGGAUUUCUCAUGUAGUGACCGCAUGUUUGCUGCCAACAUUGGAAUCAAUUUUCAAACUCCGGAGGAGUUCUUCCUCGAAGAAAAAGCAGUUCCAUUUCAGUGGAGGAGUUUCAAUCCAAAUGAUGUUAUUUCUACUGACAAGAAAGCUAAGAAGAUAGAUUACCAUAGUAAUAAACAGGAAGUGGUAGUAAUGACUGGUUGCCCAGCAUCUGGGAAGACUACCUUCAGGCGGAAACACCUGGAACCCCACGGUUAUGUGGCUAUCAACAGGGAUACUUUGGGAACCAAGGCCAAAUGCCUCAAGGCUGCAAAGACAGCCCUGGACUCUGGAAACAGCAUUGUCGCAGAUAAUACAAAUCCCUCAUGUGAAGCAAGAAGUGAUUACAUAGCAUUGGCCAAGUCAAAAAAAAUUCCAUGCAGAUGUUUCUGGAUGAAGACACAAAGAGAAAUGGCUGAACAUCUGAACUUUGUACGCCAGAACCAGACCGAUGGUAAGGUCAGGAGGAUACCAGACGUUGGAUACAACCUUUUCUAUAAGCAGUUUACACCUCCCACUAAAGCAGAGGGUUUCUCGGAGAUCACAGAGAUAGACUUUGUAACUGAUUUUGAAAGUAAACGUGAUGAGACUCUGUUCCGACAGUGGACCACAGGAGGCCAUUAGACUCCUGUAUAUAUCAAUGUUGACAUAUUUUUAACAAUAAGGAUUCUGUGUUGUGUUCAUUGUUGUAAUGGAAAGAUAUUUUUGUAUUAAGGUAAUGUACAAUGAAACCUGUCUUUAAGGACAUCCUGUGAUAUCUUAUAUAGUUAUUUGGAUUUUUUCUUGUUAAUUUAGACA